CGCACUUCCGGGAUUUUCCGACACAAGCGCGCAAGCAUGCAAGCGUUUGUGGGAUGCGGCCCAAUCUUUGCUGUUUAGUGUUGUUCUAGUUCACGCGUGUUUGCGUCCUCAGCCGUCCUUAUCGCGGCCAUGUACCGCCCUGGUAAACCCGCAUACGGCCCUCCGCAGUUCGGACCUCCACUACCCCGCUGCCCACCUUUCAGAGCCCGGCUUCUCUGUGGCGAUCCUCCUCCUAGAACGUUCUUUUCUGGACCUUGCGGGCCAUUUGUGUCUCCUGGACCGAAUAGUGACUUUCUGCACAACAGGCCACCCGGAGGACGGUUCGCCAGUCCCCCUUGUAGCACCUUGUCUAUAGCCCGUGGUUCACCGAAUGCUGUAAGAAGCAGCCAGCGGAUGGCCUGUCCUCCAGAGCCGCCACAUCUUCAGGUCCCACAGUGGACCCAUUGUCCAGACAACAGUGACCAAGCUGGGGAGGAAUUUUUGAGAUGUAUUGCAGACAACAAACCUCUCCCAGACUAUCUAAAAGGGAACAUGGCGUAUAAUCUGGCUGAUGCAAUAAGGACAGGGAAUGCUCUGAAAGAAGCAGUAAAAUCAGAUGUGGAACUAAGGAAGAUCACCAUGCGCAAAAGCCAUAGUAGAAGCAGAAGUCAUGGCAGAAGCUGUGGAAAGUCUGGUGCCAAAAGUCCUGUACGAAGCAAGAGCCGGGCACGUAGCCGGAGUAAGAGCCGCAGCCAAAGCAGAGGAAGGCACAAAUGCCGAGCUCGUGGCAGAAGUCGUGCUAAAAGCAAAAGCAGGGCUCACAGUAGGACUCGAAACAAGAGCUCUGUGCGGAGCAAGAGCCAAGUCAGAAGGUCCAGAUCGCCAACUAGCAGCUGUGAAAGAAGUCCUGCAGAUCUAAAAAAGAUAAGGAGUUCCAGCCAAACCUGCAGCAUCGAUGGUAGUAGUGGCACUAAUCUUUCACGCAACAGUCUGUUAGAAGGACUGAAGAUGGUCAUGAACAGCAGAGAGCUGGAAGAGCGGUUACCCUCUCUCAAAGAAGCCAUUCUCACUGUUCAGGGUUCAUGUGAAAGCAGAGACGUGGAGUGCGCACUGGAUCGGUCCAGACUAAAACAACCUGACUCCCACGAGAGUUUAACUCCAUUGGACAAUGACAGCGUGCUUCUGCCCCAUGAGCGAGUAGGCAGUGACUUCUCUUGGCUCCAUGUGAGCAGUCAGGAGAAUGUCACAAUCCAGAAAGCUGAUGUGCUUGAAGAUGAAGAGUCCUUCUUGUAUGGGAAUCCAGACAGUGGAGGAAAUGAAUUGACCAUUUUCCCAAUCUUUUCUGGGCAACACUUCCAGCAGCAGGAUGUGCCUACCUUUCACAGUCAGCAGCCUUAUCUAAGCAAGUCAGGCUGUGGUCACGAUGCACAAGAGCUGAAGCGGCCACCUCAAGUAGCCUCCAUGAGUUUGGACAGUAGUGAGUAUGAGAAAAUAAAGGAGAUUUUAAAGACUGUGGCUACGUCCGAUGUGAGCCAAGUCAUUGUAGACAUGCAGGAGCCGUCUCCGGUUGGUUUUGAGUCUAUCCCAGUGCCAUCACUGAGUAACCCAUAUCUAUGCCAGGUGCUGGAGUCUCUGCAGUGCCUGUUUAAAGCAACAAAAGACAACCAGGCUGAAAAUGAUGCCAGUGGCUCAAGUCUGACCCCUGCUAAACACAAGGCAGGUGAUGAGAAAAGAAAGCUACGCAAACAAGCCAUCAUAUGUGAAAUGGAGUCACUACUGAAAGAACUGGAGGGAUUGUUGAAACACGAUGAACUGACCUUUCUCACACCAGUGCUUGGGCUCUACUGUCAGAAAUGUGAGGAAUUCUUUGGAGAUUUGAGUUGUGCUGAAAACCAUGGAGCCAUCCACCGGAAUAACACUAAAGUGGACAAGCACGCUGGAGACAGCAAAGGACACUCCCACUAUAGCAGUUGGAACCAGCAUCCACAUCUGGCAGACAAGCAAGAUCACAAGGCCUGUGGCUACCACCGGAAUAACAGAAACGAUCAACAAGACAGGAGGAGUGAGAGGGAUCACAGAACCUCACACAGUGAUGACACAUGUAGCCACAGUGCCACAAAGGAAAUCCUCAGCUUGAGGAAGGAGAGGAUGCUCAUAACAGUAUCCCAGGGGCUGGCACCCCUUGGUGUGAGGGCCAAGUGUGAGGAAAACAAGGAGAAGGCUGCUGAAGGCCAUGGCCGAGUCAAAGUGGAGGACAGAGUUGGUAGGGAAAAAUCAUCCAAGGAUGACAAAGCAAACCAGGACAGAAAAGAAAGCAGUGAUAGUAGUGAGGGUGACAGAGGAAAAGCCUCUAAAGCAAAAUCAAUGAAAAUGAAAAAGAAGAAGAAGAAGAAAAAGAAGAACAGGGACGGCUCCUAGUAUGUGUCACCAUCCAUAGUAUGUGGCUUUUGUGUAUGUGUAUAUAUGAUGGAACAAAAACAUUGCAGUAGUUAGAAAUGUGAUGUGUCCACAAGUCAGAAAUUAAUCCUCCUGUGGUGACACAGAAACAGAAAUGUGUACAUUUUAAUAAAAACAUUAAAGACUUUUUAUUCCUUC